UAUACUAUAUUUUUUACUUGAAACAAACAAUACGAAUACAAACAUCGCACUGAAAUUAUGCCCGGAAAUCGGAAAGUUAGAAGCCUUGAGUCGAAUUGAACAAUAAAAAAUUAAGAGAAAAGGUUCGACUUUCAAGAGCAGUCUUCCUCUCCUCUCUGCCUUGAAGGUUCAAAGUUGAAAGGUUUUCAGGGUGAGUUUUCUCUGUCUGAGCAGCUUUAUUCAUUUCAAUUUCCAAAAUGUUUAGUCGUCAUAGCAAAGACAUUAGUAUUUUGCAUAGGCUUUCAUAUAUUGUUGUGAACAAUUCCUCCUCAAACCCAUCCUUCUUCCUCAGAGUUAGAUGCAUCUCAAAAGCCUCUUCAGACCCAUCUCAGUCUUUUGCAGUCUCUUACCUCAAAGAAAAACUUGGGUUCUCACCAGAAUCUGCCAUGGCGGCUCGCAUGUAUCUCUUUUUCAAAACCCCAGAUAAGCCUGAUUCUGUCAUUGCAUUUCUGGAGAAACAUGGGUUCUCGAAAACCCAAAUCAAAAAGAUCAUCGCAAUUCGACCAGGUCUCCUGUAUUCUAAUGCUGAGAAAACGCUUUUACCCAAGCUAGAAUUUUUCCAAUCUAAAGGUGUUUCAAGCCCCGAACUCACCAAAAUCGUUUUUGCCCACCCCAAAAUUUUAACUUGUAGCUUAGAGAAAAACAUUGUCCCUUGUUUCAAUCAACUUAGCAAUGUGCUCCAAUCUGAUUCCAAGGCUAUGACAGCUAUAAAACGCUAUCCAUUUCUUUUCUCAUGUAAACUUGACUCUUAUCUGUUAUCUAAUAUCAGUAUUCUGAGGGAUAAUGGAGUGCCUGAAUCAAAUAUCAUAUCAAUGUUUACUUACCACCCUAGAUCUUUUUUCGUAAACCCUGAUCAGUUUAAGGAGAUUGUGAAGAAAGUGAAGGACAUGGGGUUCGAUCCUUUGUUACUUAAAUUUAUUCUUGCUGUCAUUACGUUUAGAAAAGUGAGCAAACCUGCAAUGGAGAGGAAGUUUGACGUUUAUAAGAAGUGGGGUUGGUCUGAACUGGAGAUUUGGGAAGCUUUUCGAAGGUAUCUGAAUGUUAUGGAAAUAUCAGAGGAGAAGAUUGUGGCAAUAAUGGAUUUUCUUGUGAACAAAAUGGGCUUUCAGUCUUUUCUCAUUGCCAAUCAACCAAGUGUUUUUAGACGGAGCUUCGAGAAGCUGAUUGUUCCAAGGGGUUUGUUUGCUCAAGAUUUGCUAUCGAAAGGUUUAAUUAAGAACUUGGGAUUGUCUGCAUUGUUUGACACUUCAGAAAAGGUGUUUGUUCAGAUGUUUGUUAACAAAUAUGAAUGCAAAGCAGCAGAGCUGUUAAUGCUGUACAAAGAAAAACAGGAUCUUGCAAUAGGAGUCAAAUAUAGAUCAGGGUAUUCACUCUUGUCAUCUGUGAAACUUGAACUCAACUAUGUGCUCUGGCUGUUUUAUGUGGAUUUUGGCUCCAAAUGGUGUUCUUUUUCAUGCAACUUUUCUGCUUGUUUGAAGUUACGAAGGUUGAAUUGCCUGUUGUUUUGGUGCAGCUUUGUGGCUGAUUGGGGACAAUCAGCAAAUCCACAUCGGAUAGGACGUUUAAUGUUUAUAGGAAGUGUGGUUGAACUAAUGAACAGAGUUGCCGAGCUUUUCCAAGCUGUCCCUUAUCCUCUUCAUCAUUUGUUUAGAGUUAUGAACGUCAAUUUGCCUUGGCCUAAUUGCCAUUUGCUUGGGAAUCUUUGUCCCAAGGCGAAGGUGUGCUUGGACCAUGUGGUUCUUGAUUUUCCAGUGCGGAACAUAUUAACGAGUCCGGGAGAUACUAUGGUGCAUUCUGUUGAUAUACCACUUUCUAGUUCUCCAUGGGAGGCAAACUACUACAACCUCUCAAAGUUACAACUUUUUUACAUGAUUCAAAAUGACCCAUCAAUUUUCAGACAACAAAAUGCUCUUAGAUGCAUGCCAACCACUUCAAACCAGCAAUCAUUCACAGUCUCAUACCUCAUAAAAAAACUUGGGUUCUCCCCAAAAUCUGCUCAAGCAGGUUCCAAUUAUGUCCAUUUGAAGACCCCUAAUAAUCCUGACUCUGUCAUUUCAUUUUUAGAAGAACAUGGGUUUUCAAAAUCCCAGAUCAAAACCAUUGUCAGUAAGGCCCCAAAAUUGCUUGCAUCUGAUUCUGAGAAAACCCUUUUGCCCAAGUUGAAAUUUCUUCUCUCCAAAGGGUUUUCAAGCCCUGACCUUGCCAAAUUGUUAUCAUAUUCCCCAACAAUUCUGCUAAGAAGCUUAGACAGACAAAUCAUCCCUUUUUUCAGUACUUAUAGCAAUCUGAUUCAUUCUGAUGAAAAGACUGUCAAAGCUAUAAAAAGGUAUCCAUAUCUCAUCUCAUAUGAUAUGAACAUUAUCAAUGGCCAUUUGUUGUCUAAUAUCAAUCUUCUACGAGAUCAUGGAAUGCCAGAGUCACAUAUUAUCAAAUUACUUUAUCAAUUUCCUAGAACUUUGCUGAUAAAUCCUGGUAGCUUGAAGGAGAUUGUGGAAAAAGUUAAGGAAACUGGGUUGAGUCCUCUGAUAUUGAAGUUUGUUCAUGCUGUAUCUAUAUUGGCUGGAAUGAGCAAAUCCACUCGAGAGAGGAAGGUUGAUGUUUACAAGAAAUGGGGUUGGUCGGAAAAAGAGAUUUGGGAAUGUUUUCGGAAGUAUCCAUUCUGUUUUGCAAUUUCUGAGGGAAAAAUCUUGGCCAAAAUGGAUUUUGUGGUGAACAAGAUGGGCUUGGAUUCCUCUCGUCUUGCCAAUGAACCAAGUUUUUUGAGAAAGAGCUUGGAGAAGAGGAUUGUUCCGAGGGGUUUGAUUGCUCAACAUUUGCUGUCCAAAGGUUUAAUCAAAGACUUCAAAUUGUCUGUGUUAUUUGACAGUUCGAAGGAGUUGUUCCUCAAGAUGUUUGUUAACCGACAUGUAGCUGAAGCACCAGAAUUGUUGGAGCUAUAUGAAGAAAAAUUGAGAAAGUGAGUAUUAUUGGCUACAACAUUUUUAGGCUGGAUUGGCACAUCAAGAUUCAGAUUUUCCUUGUAUCAUUACUAUGUUUCAGUUCAUUUUGUGAUAUGAAACUUGUUUUUAGCUUUACCCUGUCAUGCCAUUAGUGAAUUUUUACCUCAACAAUGCUUCUCUCUCUUUGUUUGCUUUGCAAUUGAACUUAAAAACAAGUUGGAGUUCAUUUUGUAGUUACAACAAUGAAUUUGAACAUUGAAAUCCCUUUUACU